CACCUCUACAGCCUGGUGCAGACCCAGCACGCCCUCGGCGACGCUUUCGCCGACCUCAGCCAGAAGUCACCAGAGCUGCAGGAGGAGUUCGGGUACAACGCGGAGACGCAGAAGCUGCUCUGCAAGAACGGGGAGACGCUGCUGGGGGCUGUCAACUUCUUCGUCUCCAGCAUCAACACGCUGGUCAACAAGACCAUGGAGGACACGCUGAUGACGGUGAAGCAGUACGAGACGGCCAGGCUGGAGUAUGACGCGUACCGCACCGACCUGGAGGAGCUGAGCAUGGGCCCGCGGGACGCCAGCACCCUGUGCCGGCUGGAUGCGGCCCAGAGCCAGUUCCAGAGCCACAAGGACAAGUACGAGAAGCUGCGUGCAGAUGUGGCCAUCAAGCUGAAGUUCCUGGAGGAGAACAAGAUCAAGGUGAUGCACAAGCAGCUGCUGCUCUUCCACAACGCCGUCUCGGCGUACUUCGCGGGGAACCAGCAGCAGCUCGAGCAGACCCUCAAGCAGUUCAACAUCAAGCUG